AUGCUAAUCGUUCUAGGAUUCUGUUACGACAGCGCCAUUCACAAGAUGAGCGACGAAAAAUGGGAUAAGAUCAUGAAAAUCCACAACUAUGUUCCUUUUCGAAUGAUCCGCGCUUUGUCUGCUCACUGGAUGGAUACUCAGACUCCCGAUAUGCCCAAGACGGUCAUAAAUGUAUCAUCCACGUCCGGGCUGCACGGCCAAAUGAGCCAGGUUAACUACUCGACCGCGAAGUCGGGGAUUUUGGGACUUACCAAGACCGUUGCGGCGGAGUGGGCUAGAUAUAAUGUCCGCUGCAAUGCGGUCGCAUACGGCUGGAUGGAUACGCAGUUGACCAAGCCACCCACAGAGGAGAAGGUCAUGCUUGCUGGGCAGAAUAUCGUCACGGAUAUCCCUGAGAACGCGCGGAAGUUUAGAGAUACGUCGGAUAUCCCUCUCGGACGGCCAGGUACUGUCGACGAUGCGGCCAAUGUUAUGUUAUUUUUGGCUAGUCCGAUGUCAUUCUAUGUCACAGUGACUUGUAUUGAUGUACCGGAGUGCUAUAACAUGAGGGAAGAGAUAUCCAUGUAA